GGUGGGGCGCCCCGGCCGGCAGCGGGGCGGCGGCCGCGAGGAGGGGGCCUCCAUGUGCGUGCGGGCGGUGGCGGGCGCGCUGACCGCGGGCGCCCGGCACCCUCGAGGGCCGGCUAGGGCGCGCGGGCGGGGACGGCCGGGCGGCGGCGGUGGCCGGAGCCGGCCCGGGCGGGCGUGAGCGCCGGGGAGCGCGCUGCCUGCAUGCGCGCAGCUCUCGCCCCGGGCGGCCCAGGCGGCGGCGCCGGAGCCCGAGGCGGCCGGACGCGGAGAGGAGCGGGGAGCCCGGGAGGCGGCCCGCGUCCCCGCCGGACCACUGCGACUGUCUAAACCCCGGUCACGCGGCGAAGUCGACGACUUGGCUCUGUUGAAUCUCCCAUCGUCUGGGCGAGCGGGGCGGCUCGUGGUGUUUCUAACCCAGUUCGUGGAUUCAAACGUGGCUCCGCGCCGAGCGCGGCCGGCGACUUGUAGGACCCCAGCCCUGGCCGCGGCCGCCGCGCACGCCCUCGGAAGACUCGGCGGGGUGGGGGCGCGGGGGUCUCAGUGUGCGCCGCGGGAGGGCCAAAGGCUGAUUUGGAAGGGCGUCCCCGGAGAACCAGUCUGGGAUUUACUGUGAACAGCAUGGAGGAGAAUGACCCCAAGCCUGGCGAAGCGGCGGCGGCGGUGGAGGGACAGCGGCAGCCGGAAUCCAGCCCCGGCGGCGGCUCGGGCGGCGGCGGUAGCAGCCCAGGCGAAGCGGACACCGGGCGCCGGCGGGCUCUGAUGCUGCCCGCGGUCCUGCAGGCGCCCGGCAACCACCAGCACCCGCACCGCAUCACCAACUUCUUCAUCGACAACAUCCUGCGGCCCGAGUUCGGCCGGCGAAAGGACGCGGGGACCUGCUGUGCGGGCGCGGGAGGAGGAAGGGGCGGCGGAGCCGGCGGCGAAGGCGGCGCGAGCGGUGCGGAGGGAGGCGGCGGCGCGGGCGGCUCGGAGCAGCUCUUGGGGUCGGGCUCCCGAGAGCCCCGGCAGAACCCGCCGUGUGCGCCCGGCGCGGGCGGGCAGCUCCCAGCCGCCGGCAGCGACUCUCCGGGUGACGGGGAAGGCGGCUCCAAGACGCUCUCGCUGCACGGUGGCGCCAAGAAAGGCGGCGACACCGGCGGCCCCGUGGACGGGGCGCUCAAGGCCCGCGGCUUGGGCGGCGGCGACCUGUCGGUGAGCUCGGACUCGGAUAGCUCACAAGCCGGCGCCAACCUGGGCGCGCAGCCCAUGCUCUGGCCGGCGUGGGUCUACUGUACGCGCUACUCGGACCGGCCUUCUUCAGGUCCCAGGUCUCGAAAACCAAAGAAGAAGAACCCGAACAAAGAGGACAAGCGGCCGCGCACGGCCUUUACCGCCGAGCAGCUGCAGAGGCUCAAGGCCGAGUUCCAGACCAACAGGUACCUGACAGAGCAGCGGCGCCAGAGCCUGGCGCAGGAGCUCAGCCUCAACGAGUCACAGAUCAAGAUUUGGUUCCAGAACAAGCGCGCCAAGAUCAAGAAGGCCACGGGCAACAAGAACACGCUGGCCAUGCACCUCAUGGCACAGGGCUUGUACAACCACUCCACCACCGCCAAGGAGGGCAAGUCGGACAGCGAGUAGGGCGGGGGCAUGGAGGCCAGGUCUCAGUCCGCGCUAAACAAUGCAAUAAUUUAAAAUCAUAAAGGGCCAGUGUAUAAAGAUUAUACCAGCAUUAAUAGUGAAAAUAUCGUGUAUUAGCUAAGGUUCUGAAAUAUUCUAUGUAUAUAUAAUUUACAGGUGGUAUAAAAUCCAAAAUAUCUGACUAUAAAAUAUUUUUUUGAGUUUUUUGUGUUUAUGAGAUUAUGCUAAUUUUAUGGUUUUUUUUCUUUUUUGCGAAGGGGGCUGCUUAGGGUUUCACCUUUUUUUAAUCCCCUAAGCUCCAUUAUAUGACAUUGGACACUUUUUUAUUAUUUCAAAAGAAGAAAAAAUUAAAACAACUUGCUGAAGUCCAAAGAUUUUUUAUUGCUGCAUUUCACACAACUGUGAACCGAAUAAAUAGCUCCUAUUUGGUCUAUGACUUCUGCCACUUUGUUUGUGUUGGCUUGGUGAGGACAGCAGGAGGGGCCCACACCUCAAGCCUGGGCCAGCCACCUCAAGGCCUUGGGGAGCUUAGGGGACCUGGUGGGGGAGAGGGGACUUCCAGGGUCCUUGGGCCAGUUCUGGGAUUUGGCCCUGGGAAGCAGCCCAGCGUAUCCCAGGCCUGCCCUGGGAAGUCGGCUCCAUGCUCACCAGCAGUCGCCCAGGCCCGCAGCCUCACCCAGCUCCCUCUCCUCACCCUCCUGCGCCUAACUCCCUCCUCCUUCUCCUUUCUCCUCCUCCUCCUCCUUCCUCCCGCUCCUCCUUCUUUUUCUUCUCCUCCUCCUUCCUUCCUUCUCCUCCUCCUCUUCUCUCCUCCUCCUCACCAAGGCCCAACCGUGUGCAUACAUCGUCUGCGUCUGUGGUCUGUGUCGCUGUCCCCAGUCCCGCCACAGCCCUGCCGCAGGCCUAACCCUCCUGCCCUGGGCACUGCCUCCAUGCAGAAGCGCUUCGAGGUUCUGGGGCCAAAGGCCUGGGGUGUGUGGCCUAAAGCCCGAGAGCGGUGGGGCGACCCUCCUUUUGGCUUGGCCCCAGGAAUUUCCUGUGACUCCACCAGCCACCCUGGGUGCCAGCCAGGGUCCCAGAAAUGAGGCCAUGGCUCACUGUUUCUGGGCGGGCAGAAGGCUCUGUAGAGGGAGAUGGCAUCAUCUUCCUUUCCUUUUUCUUCUCUUCCCUAUUUUUUUCUUUUUUUCCUUUAUUUUUUUCUUUUCUUGGAGUGGCUGCUUCUGCUAUACAGAACAUUCUUCCAAGAUAAAUAUGUGUGCUUACACAUAUGUCUGUAGCAUGUGAACACACACACGCACACCGCACACACGCGCACACAUGCACACACGCACGCACACGCACACAUGCACACACACACGCACACGCGCGCACACACACACACACACCAGGUGUGUUUGAGUCCACAGUUCUGGAACAUGUGGCUACUUUGUCUUUCAAAAGAACUCAGAAUCCUCCAGGAUCUAGAAGAAGGAA